AAACCCGUUCCACCCUACUUGAUUUCUUCUUCUUCUUCUUCUUCUUCCUCUUCUUCUUCUUCUUCUUCUUCUUCCUUUUACUCACUCAUCAUUUUUUAUCUACUUUUCAUUUGCUGCUUCAAAUUUCAUCCGAUAAGGUUGGACGACAAUGAAAACGGGCAGGUUACCAGACAGCAAAGCUGCAAAGGCUUCUGGAGAGUGCAAUAUGAAGACAGGAUCCAUGGGUGUGAAAAAUUCCACUAGGAAAACUACUAGAAGGAAUCACAAAUCAAGUGGAUGUGAAGAGUUGUUCGAUGGUAAGGAGAAUGAGCAUUUUUCAUUUAAGGAACCUGUCGGCAAGUGCCCAGAGCUUCCUGAUAAAGAUAUAUUCCUUAUGGAAAACAGAGACAGCCCUGUAUUUCACGCUGGACAAACACUUGCUUCUUCUUCAAAGAUUAAGUUGCAACUUUUUCCCAUAAACAAAGAAACUCGAGUUGGACUUCAAAAGGAUGGACAUAAUCCGUAUUUAGAACUCACACUCAAAGGUCAAAAGAAGAUUUCUUCUGUGCUGAAACACCUUGAAAAAAAGUGGGGAAGCUCAACUGUAGCCAAAGGGGAUCCCAUACUUUUUCCAUAUAAUAUAAUGGAAAAUCUUUCUAACUGCAGAAGGUGGACAAUUAAUGAUAGCGGCACAACUGCUGCAGAUGUAUAUGCUGCUGUUGGAAGCCCUAUACUUUUUCGCUUGAGGUAUGGUUGGUUUUACAUGCAUGAACCUAGAUCCUUGGGUAUACCUUUCAGACCAAUACCCAAUGCGCCUGUUGUACAGUCUGGAGAAAUAGAGAGAGGUUGCAUUGCUAAUACAGAGACUUCAUAUGAAGAAGGGGACAAGGUUGAGGUCACAACUAAGGAAUGCAAAGCAACUGAUAUGGGUGGUGAAGCAGAUGAUGUUACAGCCCAGAAAAUAGACAAUGCAUCUGCUGCUCCUCCAGAUAACCAGGAAGGAGUAAGUAAUAGUCUUCAACAGCCAUCAUUAUCAUGGAUUGAUAGUCUAACCAACGUAAGCAUUGGGGGCCUCCUUGCUGAAGCAUCCUUACUGGGUAGAUUUGAUACUCCUGAACCAAAGUCAUAUGAGAGCAAUGCUGGCAAGCAACAAAGUGGUGCAAGUCAGAUAAUAUCUGAUAGUCUAACCAACAUAAGUAUCGGGGGCCUCCUGUCUGAAGCAUCUUUACAGGACAGGUUCAGUAAAUCAACGGAAAGUAAUGCUGGCAAGCAACAAAGUGGUGCAAGUCAGUUAUUUUCUGAUUCGUUGGAUGCUUUUAUUGUCGCCCAAAACAGUCAUUCUUUUGUUUCAAGACCAUCUGCUGAAGAGUUGCGAACAUCUAUAUUGGAUGCUGAAGAAACAUGUCAUGCUUUUCCUGUUCAAAAGUUAGCUUCUACAGCAGUAGACAUGCAGACUACUGGUAGUGCCAACUCAUUAAAGUUGCCAAUAGAUAAGGUUAAUAAUCAAGAUGGACUUUCACAAAAUCUGCUAUUGGAGAAGAGUUGGACAGACUUGUUACUUGCACGUUCAAAUGAUGAUGAAAGAAGUCUUGGGCUAUCUGGCAUCAAAUGGAAUGAAUCCUUGGGACCUUUUGAUUUUGGUGUGCCAGCUAAGAAGAUUAUCAGCGGAGACAGAUUUAGCAUGGAUGAAUUUGUUAAAUCUUAGAUGUAUGGCUCCAUUCUGAAGUUAAUUUUGUAAGGAAGGAGAAGAAAAAAAUUGUACAUAAUAGAAAACACUUGAUGAGAAGACAAGGGAAAAAGAAAUGGAAAGAAACAUUCAGGGGACUAGAAUCCGGUUUUGAAGUUGUUCUUUUCAGCAUUGUCCUGGUUUGGUUUUUGAUAUUUUGACUUCCCAAAAUGCUAGUGAACUGAUAUUUAAUGUAAUUCCAUCAUUUCAUGGUAUGUUAAACGCUUUACGUUGGCAAUAAAAGAUAUACUGGUGCAAAUUCAAACAAACCUG